UUUAUCUAGGAGACGAAAGGAGCAGUUAAUAAAUUAUCAAUUACAUUGUCAUGAAGAUCCUCCUUUGUUGCAAUCAAUUAUUCGGAACAUAGCACUUGAAGCAGUAGAUGAAGCGGUAGAUGAAUCGGUAGAUGAAGCAAUGUGUACAAGAAGGCGAUUUUUUCAACAAUAGAGUCAUUUUUCCUGAAAUUGAUUGUACUUUACGUACAAACGAAACAUUUAGAAAUCGAAUUCACAUUGAACAUCACAUAGGUAAUUCUAUAUUAGAAAAAUUAUUAAUUGAUAUGGUUUUACAAAUUCCACUGGAUUAUAUGCAUUUAGUUUGUUUAGGUGUCAUGAAAAGAUUGCUGCAAUUAUGGGUUAAAGGCAACAAAAAUAUUAGAUUGUCAGCAGAAGGUGUAAAUUCAGUUUCGAAUUAUCUAAUUGCGAUUAAGUCCUGUAUUCCAUCUGAAUUUGCCAGAAAACCAAGAAGUUUACAUGAUCUGGACAGAUGGAAAGCUACAGAGUUUCGUCAAUUCUUAAUGUAUACUGGAAUUGUUAUUAUGAAAUCAAUAAUGCGACCGAUACUUUACGAUCAUUUUGUCUCUCUUAGUGUUGCUAUAAGGAUAUUAAGCGAUCCGCAAUUAUGUAUAUCAUUUAAUGCUUAUGCAAAUUCUCUAUUAGUAUGGUUUGUUUCCAAUUAUGGAAAUAUUUAUGGUAAUGAAUAUUUGUCAUACAAUGUUCAUAAUCUCGUUCAUCUUGCCAACGAUGUAAAAACUUUUGGUUGUUUAGACAAUUUUAGCUGCUUUAAAUUUGAAAAUCAUAUGCAAAAAAUUAAAAAGAAGUUACAUCAAUCUGGAAAACCAUUACAAGAAUUAUCAAAUCGAAUCUUUGAAGAAUUACAAGUACCAAUCCAGCCGCUCAAUCACACGAUGCAAUAUCCAAUUGUAGUUUAUAAACAUCAAUCAGAUAAUAAGGACAUUUCUUAUUUACAAUUUAAAUGUUUCAAGAUUGGAAUAAAUAAAAGUGACAAUUGUGCUUUUCUCGAUGAUAACUCGGUGGUUUUUAUUUUUGAUAUAUUUCAACAAAAUCGGGUGUUAUGUACCCGUGUAAAACGUUUUAUAAAUCCAAAAUCGUUUUUUACUGCACCGUGCGAUUCGAGAAAGCUUGGCAUAUUUCUAUUAUCAAACACUACUACAUUUGACAUUAUAACAAUUCCAGUAACACGAAUACAAAUGAAAUGUUUUAAAGUGAAAUAUCUUGAUGAAGUUGAUUCUUAUGUUACAAUACCGCUUCCUCUUACUAAUGAUUAGGUGCAGUACAAGUUUAUUGUAAUAUGUUUUAAUGUUAUAACUUCGUAACAAUUUUGUACUUUAAUUUGAACUUUCGUUUUCCAUGUUAAAUACCGUGCAGAUUUUGAUAUCUUGGAUUCUGAAGGUUAUCAAAAGAUCGCAAGGCAAGAAUGUCGAAUUACAAUUAUGCGGUUGAACAGUUCCCCGCAGACCAAACAUAUUCAGAAAUACCAAUAACAUGGCUUAAAGAAGAUGACUCGCAGUGCUGGUGGCCGCCUAGAACAUCAAACUGUCCGUAGAUGAUUGCAAACUGUGAAAGUCCGGAUUAUAAAACAUGGGCCACUUAUAAAAUAAACGUCGUAAAAUUGUGCACAUCUCUUGAAUCAGCACGAAAACAUGCAGCAGAUUCACAAUAUCAGACGACCGAUGAAGACCGGUUAGGAAGAGGACAAAGGCCACAUGUUCCAUAUAAUCGUUUCAGUAGUGACGCAGAAGAGUGCUCAACAAACAAACCUCGAAAGUAUGUAAAAAAAAAACAAGUCGACAUUGUUACUUCUAGGCCACCAUCGUGCCCUGAAAAUUUUGGCUUAUCUGAAAAAGGAGCAAACCGCGAAUAUAGACAAGUUACAACGUCACAACAAGCAAAACGACUCAAAACGAACAACACUGGUGUUGCUAAACCACUAUCACAUCCUGAGAGCUCGAAAUCAUUUAAUAAAGGAUCAAACGAUGAACGUAAUAAAAUGUCACAAGGGGAUAGAAACGCCAAUACGAGCACUAUUGUCUGUAGGAAUAAGUCACCAUUGUUGUUUGAUGACCGCGAACCUUCUGAUGUAGAAUAUAACGAUGAAUAUAAUAGCGACGACUAUAAUAACGAUGAAUACAAUAACGAUGAAUCUAAUAACGAUGAACAUAAUAACGAUGAAUAUAAUAGCGACGACUAUAAUAACGAUGAAUCUACUAACGAGGAACAUAAUAACGAUGAAAUUCCAACGUCACAAGUUAAUACACCUUGUAAAAAAACAAAGGAUGAAACGAUAUCACAGUUAAAUAACGGUAAUAUACAAGAAAGCAAUAGUAGCCCAUUAUUAGAAUUUGCUUCCGAUACGGAAAUUGCAUCAGAUGCAAAUGAAUCUUUGUACAAAAAUACCGACGAAAAUAAAAGUCCAUCAAUGCUAGACUGUAGACGAUAUUUAAGGAAGAGAUCUCGACUUGCAUUUCAUUCAGUCAAGAAUAAUGCAAAUGCAACUGUUGCUAAAAAUAGUGAUACAACACUAGUCAACAACACUACUGAAACCGAUGAAGAUGAAGUGAUAGAAGCCAGUCCUAUGCAAAGAAGUGUUGCAUCUAAAGUCAAACAGUGUUUGAAAUUGAAGAGGAAAAUUCCUGUAAAACGUUUAGAUUUUUCAUUAUAUCCUUCGCCUACACAUAUUUCUACGCAAAUGGAAAAUGUUAAUACAUUAAAAGAUAAAGUUAACAUAAAUUAUCUUUCACCAAUAAAAGUGCAUAAGAAGACCGAUAUUCAAAUUAAAAAAUUUAUUAAAGUCCAAAAUGAAGAUCAACCAUUAACGAAUAAAAUAAAUAAUUUCAAUUUGGAUGACACAGAAAACAAGCCACAAGAAAAAAAAACGAUAUUGGAAAAGUUUAAUGUAAGGUCAAAAAGAAAGGACGUUUCAAAGCAGCUUAACAUGCGAUGUAAAGCUGAUAGAGCAAAGUUAAAAGGCUCGGAUUGCUGGGAAUGCAGAGAAUAUUAUCAGACUUUGAAAUUGUCUAAAGAAAAAUUGCAAAAGCGGAAGAAUCAAUGCUCGCGACAUCGGGACAGAUUUGAGCGACCAAAGACACCAGAAGAACAAGACAAUCAAUCUUCAGGAUUUAAGGAAACUUGGCAAGAUGUACCCGUAAUAAAUUUUGUGUCUCCAUUGCGUGCUCAACAAGCUCUACAGCAGAAGAAUGACGAUAUUUCUCAUAUAAAACGCUGCCUACAGCAACUCUUACAAAUGCAAGCAGCAUCAAAUUUAACUCUCAAGGACAUAAAACAACGACAAAUAAAACUAGAAAAUGUUAUCAAAAGCAUUACACCCAUUGGAUUAAAACCAUUGGAUAGUGAUGACAGUUUGAUUGUGGAAUUAUUACCGUUGGCCACAAUAAAUAAUAUGAAAGAAUUUGAUUCUUUAUUAAAAACUUCAAACGAAGCAGUGACGCAAUUUGUACUACUGUGUCCAAAAAGUAAGGUGACAUUGCAUUUAUUUCGAAAAUUCUUUAUUUAUUCUUGCAAAUCAAUUUCGUCCCCUUCAAAGUAAU